AAUUAAUUACAUUAUGACUAUUUAUUUAUUUUAUUGUAACAUGUUUCUCAAUAAUAGCAGUAAUUGGUGGUUGAUUGUUGCAAUUUCAAAGAAAAUGUUGCAUCCCUUAUUCAAAGGUUUGCUAAUCGGGGAAAUCAUUGUUCAAAAGUCGGCACUCAGGGACCAUUGGUUUGAGAUUUGUUUGUGAUCACAUAGUUUAAAGCCUUAAUGGUGGUACUCCCACAAGUCAUCAGUAGUUGAGUUAAUACGUCUUCCACUUCUGUGACUAUGAGAGAUCUCAUUUUAAUCGUGCAGUGCUUUUAUUCUCUACAGAGAGACAGCUGGUCCACUCCAGUAAUGAAAUCACUGUGGUGGGAGCAAGAGUCCCACCUGCCUGCAAACCGUAGCGAUGGCACUGUCUGCUUCAACUCCACACAGAGCACCGUCCUAAAAGGACUCGAAUUUGGAGGAGUGCCAGCUGUCCUGCUAAUCAACUUCGUUGUCUUUGUGAUUCUGCUGAUCAUCUUCACGAUUAUCAGGAAACAGUUCUGGGACUACGGACGUUUAGCUUUGGUCGCAGACGAUGACGGGUUCACUGGCUCAUCACACCGUCGCUAUGGACGUAAGUCAUCCACUGGGUCCAACAUGGAGGAACCAGAUUAUGACACGGGAUUCUGCUCUUGGCUGUGGUAUUUAUUCACAAUAGAUGAUGAAAAGAUAAAAGCCAAGUGUGGCAUGGAUGCUGUUCACUACCUGUCAUUCGAGCGACAUUUGAUUUACCUGCUGGUGAUUCUCACCGUCUUGUCCAUCGGUGUCAUACUACCUGUCAACAUGACUGGAGGCCUUCUGAAUAUUGACAAACAGAAGUUUGGAGAGACAACUAUUGGAAAUUUGAAAAAGGGAAACAACCUGUUAUGGCUACACACAGUAUUUGCAGUUAUCUACCUGAUCCUGACGGCUCUGCUGCUGCAGCGUCACGUGUCACAAAUGAAGGGCACGCGCAGAGAGAUAGCCAGAAACACCUUGUUUGUGUGUUCCCUCCCCAAAGAAGUAACAGCAGAAGAUGUAAAGACCCAUUUCGUAGAGGCAUACCCUUCGUGUCAAGUGUGUGCUGUCACCUUGGCGUAUAAUGUGACCAAGCUCAUGUACCUUGAUAAGGAAAGGAUACGUGCUGGGAAAAACCUGUGCUACUAUGAGCAUGUCCUACGGAAAAAAGGACAACGUGUGUUCAUCAACCCCCGUAUGUGUGGCUACUUAUGUUGCUGCGUCAGCUGUGUGAAGGUUGACGCCAUAGAGCAUUACCAUGCUAAAGAAAGGUUACUGCUGGAAGAGGUGAGACAAGAGGCAGAAAUAACACCACACUACCCCCUAGGGAUUGCUUUUGUCACCUUACAGACUGAGGCCAUGGCCAAAUUAAUUCUGAAAGACUUCAAUGCAGUCAAGUGUGGUACCAUGAGCAGCUGUUGUGGAGCGCAGCGCCAGCCGUCAUCCAAAAGCCAAAGUCUGAAAGUGAACAAGUGGCGCGUCGGGUUUGCACCAUAUACAAGGAAUGUUUACUGGGAAAAUCUCUCAGUGCAGGGUUUUCAUUGGUACGCACGCUAUGUAGCGCUAAAUUUAUUCCUUUUCAUCCUGCUGACCUUAUUCACGACCCCCACUAUCAUUAUCAACACCAUGGAUAAGUUCAACGUGACCAAGCCCAUCAACGCUCUUAAUAGCCCCAUCAUCAGUCAGUUCUUCCCCACGUUCCUGCUGUGGGCCUUCUCUGCCCUGCUUCCUACAAUAGUGUACUAUUCUACACUAGGAGAGGCACACUGGAGCAGGUCCAGCGAGCAGCUGAGCAUGAUGCGCAAGCUGUACUUUUUUCUGCUCUUCAUGGUACUCCUCCUCCCCUCGCUAGGACUCACCAGUCUUGCUGUGUUCUUCCAAUGGCUAUUUGAGAAAGAAUUUCUCUCCAAUGGGACAGUGAGAUUUGAGUGUGUGUUUUUACCUGACCAAGGGGCAUUUUUUGUCAACUACGUAAUUGCAGCAGCCCUCGUGGGCUCUGCGAUGGAGUUGUUGCGGUUGCCAGGGUUACUGCUUUACGUCAUUCGUUUGAUGAUUGCUCGCUCUGCUGCUGAAAGGAAAUAUGUCAAAGAGAAUCAGGCAUAUGAGUUUGAAUACGGAGCCAUGUACGGCUGGAUUCUUUGUUUAUUUACGGUUAUCCUGGCUUACAGCAUCAUUUGUCCUGUAAUAGUGCCUUUUGGUCUCAUCUACAUGGUCCUGAAGUACCUGGUGGACAGAUACAACCUGUGCUUUGUUUACCUGUCUGCUCGCCUAGACCGCCAAGUUCACCUGGAGGCUGUGAAUCAAGCUCUGGGCGCACCCAUCAUCUGCCUAAUAUGGCUUUACUUCUUUUCUGCCCUCAGAAUGGGUUUCUGGGCACCCACAUCUCUGUUUACUUUGGUGGUCCUGUGUAUCACCAUAAUCAUCUCCCUCAGCUAUACCUGCUUUGGCUUUUUCAAGUACCUCAGUCCACUCAACUAUGUGGUCAAGGACGAGGACGAGGAUCCAGGAGAGGGCGUGGACGAAAGCACUUCGGUUUACCUUCCCAGAGUACUCAACCCUAAAUCACCUGCCAGCAUCCCACAAAAUGACGAUCAAGCUCCGCAGUCUUAUGGGUCUUUUGAUGACACUGCAGCCUGCAGCUUCACACCAGUAGACAAAAACAUGGAAGAAUCCAACAGUGAUUUGAACCCUUGAAGUCAAGAUGCUCCUUUGUCUUGAUCAUAAAUUUGCUUCUUCGAGGUUUUACAGACAGUCCCGUUGAGUCCAGAAACCUUCAUAGAUCAGCACCUACGAUGUUACAAAGUGGUAACUUAUUUAAUUUCUUCUGUGAGAUAAGUUUAUGGUUUCAGGGAAAAUGUGUUGUUCAUUUUAAAAAUUACUAUUUAUGGGUGGGACUUUUAUUGGAUAUCUAGAGAAUACGUUUGACCAGUAUACAUAGGAAACAAGAUUUUAAUAUUAUCUGUCAUAAAGCACAACCAAUUGAUAAGGAUCAACUCACCAUGUCAUGUCAGUUGUUAUUAUGCUCAUUUCACAAGCUUAUGGGGUCCACCAGGAUAGCUUUAUAUGGUUUAAUGUUUCAAUACACCUCAAGUGUAAAUUGCAGGAGCUUUCUCAAACACUCCUGAGCUUUUCUCUUUAAUUCUCCCCUCCUGAAAAGCCCGGUCAGCUGGCAUGAGGGAGGCAACUAAAGAAAAAAAAGUUUAAAAGGAGCAUUUUAUACAUCGCUGUCACCUUUCUAACUGGUUUGAUUCUCAGGUGACGUCACAGCUGUAUUAACAUCUGGGCAGCAGGUUAAAAAGGCUUUGGAGUGGCAGCUGGUUUGCAUUACACCAGGCUGCCUUUGAGUCAUUAUUUCAUGUUUGUUUGAAAACAGAAACCGGGAAAUAUUGUAAUGAGAACACUUUACUGGAAAUCUUUGCUGUAUGAGUACACGAAGAAAAAGGGUAGCAAACGUGCUAAUGUACAAACCUUUUUACCAAAAAAGCAAGAAAUCUUCAGGGUCUUUGUUCACCCUUGCAGCCAGCAGCAGAAUAUUUGGCGUGGUUUACUCAGAGCUGAGACAUUUUAGACUGACGGUUAGCAUUAUUGGCUCUGGCUGGAAUAUGAUGGUGGGCAAUGAGCAUUUAGAUUUAUUUGAGGCAGCUGCUCAUUCUUUGUUUAAAACCAUGGCAAACCAUCUACUAGAUGGGCAUUAAUUGAUGUAGAUAUGUUAAGGAACAAAAUGAGGGGGGAAGGGGGAAGACAUGAACAAAUGAAUAUGAGUCAUAAUGUUUGCAAAGGAACACCAGAAUUAAUUUCUCACACAUACUGAUUUACGUCUGCUACACAAAUGCCAAAGGGAUUGAUUGCUGAUUAUUGCCAGAGCACCUGCCAAGGGUCUCCUUAAUAUUGCACUUUUUUGUAUCUUUCUUGUGUUUACUAAAAAAAUCAGUUUGGGCUUUUUGUAAUACAAUCAGUUCUACAGGAGGUGGAAACCAAAACAAUGUUUUGAUUGUUGGUGCCAUAUACAAUGUUGUCUAAGGUCAGAUAAAAAUUCUGACGCAUUACUUAAUGAAUGUUAUAAACAGGUCAAUGUUUAUCUGCGUCAAAUGUAUCUUUUGCAGCUUAAAUUAAGCAUUUAACAAAGAAACAAAUUAUUAAAGAAAACUUGUUCAGUGGCGGGUAAACAGAGUGUUGAUUCUUUGGAGUUAUAAUAGAUAACAUGUUCUCAGAUCAUGCAGUUAUUGGCAGCACAUUAACAUUCAUAAGUCUGUUUUGUCAUUGGGGGGCACUGUUGAGCUGCAGUGGGUUUGUGUGAUCUCUGAAAUAUUCAUAGAGCAGUAAUGCACAAUGCUACAUAAAGGAUUUCUAACUUACUCUGACAUCGGUAUGAGCCAGUUUACUGGGUAACUAUUCCAGCAGCUCCACCUCCUCACCUGAUCCCUCGCUAUUGUCUCCUUUUCUGUUCCCUUUCUCUUCUUCUUGGCCUUUUCCCCUUUCUCACCACGGGUACCUGCCUCAGCUGAGAAAGACCACUGUUGUCAAAUAAAAGGCUUUUAGGGUGCCGUAGUUGUUAAAUAUGGGUAAUGAAGUGCUAAGCAUCUAGUAGCUGUGGUGAAAGGAGACGUACGGACCUGCUGGACGAAUAUCAGCGCAGACUAACGGAGCCUUGCAGUAGCUCUUGAAGAACAAAAAAUCUGUUCAGGAAGAGUAACUAUUGAAGAGGUUUGGGACAACUAUGUCCUCGUACAUCCUGGCCCAAGAAUCCAGUAUAAAUGUGCAUGCGUUUACUUGGAAGCUUUAUACAUCAGCUACUUAAGUGAAGGUACAGAUGAUAAAAAAAAGAAAUGAAGAAAUUUUU